AUGCAAGUUUGGAUAAUUCUGUUAUUGAUUCCUAACUCUGCGUGUGGUUUCUACGUCAAAUCUCCAAACGAUAAGGAGCAAAACGAUGUGUCGGAUUUUAAUAGGCCGAUCGCGGAGAAACUUCGGUCAAAUUCGAAUAGUAUCGAAUUGUUCGGUCAACGGGUAGAAGUGCCGGGAUGGAUGAAUAAGGCAGCUGAGGAAACAAGAGGAAUGUUUGAUUCGGCGUCAAAUCUCUUUGGAAAGGGUACAGCCACGUCGCGCAAAUCAUCGGAAGGCUUGAUGACAAAUUUGAAGAAAGACGAAACUACCAGAAUCUGGUUCGCAGUUUAUCUCAACAUUCUUGUUGUUGUUCUGAUUUACGUGUUCAUCACAAUUAAACUGGCACUCUUAUCACUCAGCGAAGGACAAAUGGAACGCAAGAAGAGAAACAGUUUCAGCUCACAUGUUGCUUUCGAUUCCCCGGACUACAAUCUUCCUUUGACGAGCAUAGCAACUAGAAACACUAGAAUAAGUGCUCCGAUGAAUCUGGACAAUCCAACAUCUGACUUUGAAAUUGCAAGAGAAGUAUGCGAAGACGAAGUUCUUGAAAACGUCGCAGCCCUCGAUUUUGACGCCAUCCCAUCAACUGAUUGCGAUAGAUCAUUCUAG